CGGCGCAUCCGUUACGCUGGCGUUGGAAAGGGAGCAGAAACUGGCUCCCAACGCUGGCGCCUUAGACUGCGGGGCUAUUAUUGACCGUAUCGCCGUCCGUUAUAACGACGAGGUGCUGCAACCAUGUUGGAGUGUUUGGAGGAGCGAUGAAAAGCAACUUUGUCGAAUUGUUCUUGAGUGCCGGGGCUUCUAUCAGUAUCGGCAGAUCUGGACAGACGCCUCUACACGAUUUAGCGAGCGAAUUUACAGCAGACGACUUCGAUGACGGGGCGACACAAUUACUUCAAGAUGUGGGAGUGGACAUAAAUGAGAUAGAUAAUGAAGGGCGGACUAUGCUUGACAUUGCCGCUAGACCAAGCAUGCGGAGCAAAGGGUCUGAAGAGACGAUUCGACGGUUAAAAGCUCUAGGUGCAAGAGCUAACAAGGUGUCACGGCCUGGACAAGCUGUGGAAGUGGAAUGUGGGUGUGUUUGUGUAAAAUAUGUAUGAAAUAAUGGUGCCCUAAGGGCGGUAAAGAAGCUAUAUAUACGCCUGUACGCAGCACGUGACACAAGGGCUCAUGAGAGAUAAUGUGGAAAGUGGCCUAUUG